AUGGGCGAUCACGAAAGUUCCCAGAUCAAACAUAACGAGCAUCUGUUGCUUGACCAACCUUUGCUUCGCCUCCCCUCCGAACUCCUCCGAAAGAACUUCCGCACGGCCCAUUUCACGAUCGAGAAAGACACAACCGCCAUAAAGACAUUACUCAAAGAUUCAGCCACCGCUGCCGUCUCCGGCCGCGCAUCACAGCAAGAUGUCCUUCGUAACCUCGACGCAAUGGUGUCCCGCAUGCGAGGCUUGAAGCGCAAACUCCAAGCAAGCGCCGCCGAGGAGGCUCGUCUGCAUGCACAAACAGCUGCCCGCAUCUCACAUCUCGACGAACUAUACAAGAUGGAUACAGUGGAGGACGUCAAAUACGAGCAAUGGAGUAGGAAGAGGCUCGAUCGCCUUUUAGCGGACUACCUGCUUCGUCAUGGUUACAACGAUACUGCAAAGGAGUUGGCCGAGCAGCGCGGUAUCUCCGAUCUCGUUGAUAUCGACACUUUCGUUGCUGCAAGCCGUAUCAGGGAUUCUCUUCUGAACCAGAGCGUGGCUGAGGCCCUGGCUUGGUGCAACGAUAACAAGAAGGAGUUGAGGAAGAUGGAGAGUAAGCUCGAGUUCAUGCUUCGCUUUCAACAAUAUAUUGAGCUGGUACGCUCGCAAUCCUCGGCCAAGCUCACUGAAGCCAUUGCUCACGCAAAGAAACAUCUCAUUCCUUACCGGGCCACAUUUCCCCGUGAAGUACAGCAGGUCUGUGGUCUGCUUGCAUUUCCUCCUGGUGGUGCAUCCGCUGCCGCACCCUAUGGAGAUUUGUAUAAGCCCUCCCGCUGGGCUGACCUUGCCGACCUCUUCGCAACAACCCACAAUCAACUCCUUGCUCUUCCUGCGGUCCCGCUCCUUCACGUCGCACUUUCUUCUGGUCUAUCGGCCCUAAAAACACCUGCAUGCCACACGGACCCAAUGCACUCAUCAGAUAGCCCAUCUGCCCAAAGCACAUCCGAUAUCGUAGCAGCAGCCUCGAGUCUCGGCCACGGCGUUUGUCCCAUUUGUUCCACUGAACUCAACGAGCUUGCCCGGAAUGUACCGUACGCUCACCACACUCAGAGUCAUGUAGAGCACGAUCUCAUGCUAUUGCCUAAUGGUAGCGUCUAUGGGAGGGAUCGCCUUGAAAUACAGGCGAGGAAGAAUAAUCUGCCUUCCGAUCAGGUUAAGGACCUCCGGACAGGCGAUAUCUUCCCAGUUGAGUCACUGAAAAAGGUUUAUAUCACAUAA